UUAGCAGUUCGCACUGUUGACGGUACGUCUUAUUACUGUCUAGUGUAGUAGUGAUUAAUAUUGCAUCGAUUAAAGAAAGAUCGUUCGAGAAAACAGAAAACGACGCGUAUCGCCGUAUCAUCACAGUUCUGAUUUGUUUAAUUGUUGUAAUCCGACUUAUCUGAAUACUCUGAAUUGUGAAGGUGAUUUGACGCUACGCUGGACACCGCUCGUUUUUGAAAACGGUCAGUUUGGCCCAUGUCGAAAACGUCCGGGUGUGCGCUGACAUAUUCGACUCAAAGUAAACAGCACGGUCCCAUUAUGGUUAUUUCCUAUUCCAAAUAAAUCAUGUUUAAUUUUAAUUCAGAAUUCUUGUGAUAGUAUGGUCAAUGAUAUAGAUUACCAACAAUUAAAUAUCAUCGCAGAUACCAUGUUAGACAAUGAUUAUGAACCUGGUAAUUUAUUUUUAAAUUUUAUAUACACCAACAGCAAUGUUUUGGUAAAUGAACAAGAAGAAAAUAAUUUUGAUAGCUACGAAAACAAUGAAGAAGUGCAAGAAAUUUAUGAAACUGAUAUCAAUAUUGAGCAACCUAACAAUAUUUGGGAUGAUAAUUCAAUUCGUUACUUAAUUUACUGUUGGAGUCAAUUGAGAGAUCAGUUUGCAAAUUGUCCGGAUAAAAAGAAGGAAUCACUAUGGCAACAUGUGUCAGGGCGUUUAGUGGACCGUGGUUUUUAUUUUGAUGCACAGGCAUGUGACACUAAAUGGCGUAGUCUUAAAAAAGUUUACAUGUACAAUAAAACCCGUACUUGUAAAAAAGAUGGAAGUAAACAUCAAUUUACUUGGAACCAUUAUUCUGAAAUGGACAAGGCUAUUAAAGGGAUUCCUUAUGAAAUUUCAGAUAUUGAAAAUGGUGAUGGUGAUGAUGAUGAUGAUGAUGAUGAUGAUGAUAAUGUUGAUAACAAUGGUGAAAAUGAAGAUGAUGAUGACUCAACAAGAGAAAAUGCAGAUAACAUAGAGGAAUAUGAAAAUGCUGAUUCAACUAAAAGUUAUGUCGAUAAAUGUCAAUGGACAAUUGAGUCGACUAAGGAAUUAAUUCGAUUGUACGGUAAAGAUAGGAAGAAAUUUUCAGCUGUUAAUCAAGGAGGAAAACAUUUAUUGUGGGAAGAUAUUGCAAAUCAGUUUACACAGUUAGGAUAUCAAUAUUCAGCUAGUAAUUGUAACGACAAAUGGCGUAAUUUAAAAAUGACCUAUAAAAAUAAUAAGCAAAGAGCUAUUAAAUAUGGAAUCGAGUAUGUUAAAUGGAGUUAUUUUAAAGAUAUGGACAACAUAUUUAAAAACACCCCAGAAGGAUCUCCAGAACUUAAUGAUAUAAUUACAGUAUCUUUAAUUGAUGACGAACUCGUUGAUAUUAAAAAAGAAAAUGAAGAUUAUGCAAACUUGAAUGUUGUUGAAACCAAUGUAAAUAAUGAGGAAGAACCUAAUGAAUCCCUUAAUGCUAGUACAUCAGAUAUAUGGACAGAACAAGCAACUAAAUGUUUGAUUGAAUUAUGGGGUCUUUACCGUCCACGAUUCCUAUUAGCUGCACAAGGCAAAAAACGUUUACUUUGGAAUGAAAUUAGUAAUCAGUUACGCCAAAACGGCCAUAAUUAUUCUGGUUUAGUAUGUGAUCGUAAAUGGCGUCUCUUAAAAGCAAAUUACGUAAAAAGAAGAGAAAAAUAUAAAAAAUUAGGAGUGAACAGCGUGAAGUGGCAAUACUACCAUGAUUUAGACAGGUUACUUGGUGUACCUGCUGAAAGUAUUUCCUGGAGUAUGGACUCGACUAUGUGUUUGAUAGAGUGCUUUGAUAAUCACAAAGAAAAAUUUAUGAAUGCUGCAACUGGAGAAAAGCUCUUGAUAUGGAAACAAAUUUCAGAAGAAAUGUCUCAACAUGGUUUUAAUUAUACUCCUAGAGCUUGUGACAACAAGUGGCGUACACUGAAAAAUCGUUACAAUAAAAAUAGAAUGCGAACAAACAGGAAUAAGAAAGUUAUUUGGGUGUACUACAAUAAAAUCGAUUCUGUACUUAGAGAAAUUAAUAAAAAUGGUUUAAAAGAUGAGUUUGAUAACGGUGACGAAAAUAAUCAAUCAAAUGAAGUUAAUGAGUUAGAUGAACAUAACUAUAUCAGGACAUCCAAACCAAGUUGUUCCAAUAAAACAAAUUCCAUCACUGAACUACAGACAAUGUUUAAGUUGAGAAAUAGUGAAUUUGACCAAAGAUUGAAGCAAAUGGAGGAUAAUCUUAACAACAGAGAAAAAGUAUUUGAAGGACUUCAAUUACAGAUGUUAGAAGCUCUUAAAAGGUCAAAUGAAUUAGAAUCUCAUAAGUUGAGACUAUUGGAACAAUUAGUUUCAAGAUUACCACAUCAGAACUAAUAGUUAACUAAUGUAUAUAUAAUAUAUAAACCAAAAAUUUCAGAUGUACAUAAAUAUUAAUUUGUAAUUAGUAAUUACAGAUCUGUUUCAAUUCAAUGUUUA